UGGGCCUCAGAUGAAGAGGAGGCGGCGGCAGUGGUGGAAGAGGCGGCGGCGGCGGGGGUAGGGAGCUUGGAAACGCGAGCGGGGAUGGUAGGUGGUUUGGACUCGCCGAGCCGCCGUCGUUUCCAGAAAGGGUUUGACUGGAGGAACCUCUGGAGCAGCUCACUUCUCAACCUGGGGCCUGGGGAUCUGGGGGCGGAGCUGCCCUGGAGGGGGUGCAGAAUCUGGUCCAAUGUCCUGGGUAAGCGCUGCGAGGUUGGCUGGCUCCUCUGACUGAUGGCAUGUUGAGGUACAUGGGCCAGUGGCAGCGAGGGCAUCUGAUCCAGAGGGGGCCACUCUAAAGGCCGGGCUACCAGCACCAUGGGCCAGUGUGUCACCAAAUGCAAGAAUCCCUCAUCGACCCUGGGCAGCAAGAAUGGAGAUCGUGACCCCAGCAGCAAGUCACACAGCAGGCGGGGUGCAAGCCACCGUGAAGAGCAGGUGCCACCAUGUGGCAAGCCAGGUGGGGAUAUCCUCAUCAAUGGGACCAAGAAGGCGGAGGCUACCACUGAAGCCUGCCAGCUGCCAACAUCCUCAGGAGAUGCUGGGAGGGAGUCCAAGUCCAAUGCUGAGGAGUCUUCCUUACAGAGAUUGGAAGAACUGUUUAGGCGCUACAAGGAUGAGCGGGAGGAUGCAAUUUUGGAGGAAGGCAUGGAGCGCUUUUGCAAUGACUUGUGUGUCGACCCCACAGAAUUUAGAGUGCUGCUCUUGGCUUGGAAGUUCCAGGCUGCAACCAUGUGCAAAUUCACCAGGAAGGAGUUUUUUGAUGGCUGCAAAGCAAUAAGUGCAGACAGCAUUGACGGAAUCUGUGCACGGUUCCCUAGCCUCUUAACAGAAGCCAAACAAGAGGAUAAAUUCAAGGAUCUCUACCGGUUUACAUUUCAGUUUGGCCUGGACUCUGAAGAAGGACAGCGGUCACUGCAUCGGGAAAUAGCCAUUGCCCUGUGGAAACUAGUCUUUACCCAGAACAAUCCUCCAGUUUUGGACCAGUGGCUAAACUUCCUAACAGAGAAUCCCUCGGGGAUCAAGGGCAUCUCCCGGGAUACUUGGAACAUGUUCCUUAACUUCACUCAGGUGAUUGGCCCCGACCUCAGCAACUACAGUGAGGAUGAGGCCUGGCCAAGUCUCUUCGAUACCUUUGUGGAGUGGGAAAUGGAGAGAAGGAAGAGAGAAGGGGAAGGGAGAGGUGCACUCAGCUCAGGGCCCGAGGGCUUGUGUCCCGAGGAGCAGACUUAGUGGCUCUGUCCCAGGAGCAGCAGCAAGGAUCUGCCCGCUGCCCUGCAGCCAACCGAGGAAUUGGACCUUUCUGGAAAUUACUGAAGAUCCGGAUAUUUUCUACUUUACACCUUUCUCUGCCUUGUAUCUGAAAGGGCUCUAAAAUGCUGUAUCAUGUUUUAGGCACUUUCUUCAUUUUUUGGUUAUUUUGGUUAUUUUUUGGGGGGGAUCCCCCAAAAUAUUUGAACCUGGCUACAUGUUGUGUAUCUUUUUUUGAAGCCUUCAGAUAGAAUAAGCCUGCCAUUUCUUGCACAAAUUAGGUUUUUUUUUGUGGGGGAGGGUGUAGAGAAGGGUGGGGGAUGGGACCGUUAGGUUGAAUUAACAUUACAAAAUGAUACAGUGCCAGAUCUCAGUUUUGCAUAUUGUUUUUCAGGGCAGGUCUGUACUGUGUGUAGUGCUGUUUACAUGGUUAAAUUUAGGUUGUAAUAAUUAUUUUUAAAGAUUUACACAGAUUUGAAUAGCAGUGUUAACUGUUAACCACAUUGCAUUAAUUCCCAGGCGAAUUAGAGCUCUUGGAGUGCCAAGGCCAGCCAAGAGCAUUUGUAGCCUGGUGACAAACCCCUUUUAAGCUAAUUUAUCCAAAUCCCUUAUUUCCCUCACUUCUUGCUCAUUCCUUCUUUGACCUAUUGCAUUUUAUGUUGAGUUUGUCCAUCAACAUGGCUGCACCUGUUAGUCAAGUGAGCAUUUUUUUAAGAAUACAUUGGACUGAGAACCACUUAAGCAUUGAAUGCAGAGAAAGCAGUGCUACCUCAGUUUUGCUGGAAGUAGACUUCUUUGAUAGUUUUCUUUCUCUGAUGAAGUUUCUAUAUUUUCAUGUUGUAAGUGGAAAUACUUUUUUUCUUCUCAUUUGCCUUGGAGCCAAAGUUUCUGUUCCUGGUGGUCGGGGAAAGUGUGUCUGCCGGCCAACUUGACUUGAAGGAAAACUGUGGUAUGGAGCUCUGCUUGAAUUUUUUUUUUUUUUUUUUUAAUUUCUUUUCUUUGAGUAUCAUCAGCUUACUUGUCUGGCAAGUGCAGAAGCCUGGGGUUGGCCUGAACUCUGCCAAACAAAUAAUCAAAAUGUAUUUAAUAGUUAAAUGUGUGCCCUUUCCCUUCUUGCUGCACCCAUGUUGUCACUUAGCCCCUAGGAGUUAUUUAUUAUCUUUUUGUUAGCGUCAGGCUCAUUUGGGGUAAUGUGAUGACUGUUUAGGUUUACAUGACCCUUCUUUACCUACCCCCAAAUAUGUAUAUAUACAUAUAUAAAAUAUGUAUAUAUUUUACCUAUAUAAAAUAUAUAUAUAUAUAUAUACAUAUAUGUAUCUAUAUUCCUUUGUUUCUUUGCCUGCUAAAACUGGCCAUAAAGAGGGAGCUGCCUUCAAUAUAUAAAGUAUAAGAAGAGUGCCAGGGAACAUCAUUGGAGUUUUGAAAUCUGAAUUUGGGCCAUUUCCACUAAAGAGAAUAUGACUUUGCUUAGUCCUUUCCUCACAAGAGGAAAGGCCUGGUUCCCAGACUUCUCUGUAUACUUGCUCUGGAAGGCCAGCUUUGGCCAAACUGCCACAGAGGCUUGAGGAGCUGACUAUGGUCCUUCCUGGUUUCAGUAGAGGGUCCUCUUGUUAUUUCUCCAUUUUAAAAAAUUUGUCCUCAAAAAACUGUACUGGAAGAGAGGGUGGCAGGAACUUGUAUAGUUCAGCUUCCAACACUUUGAAACAAUAAAAAAGGGAAUCUUUUAAAUAAAAACUUAUAAAAAUAUUUAUACUCUUGAGGUAAUGAGACUUUGUCUAUUAAACAUUUGGGUUUCUCCCUUUUACCUACCAGGUAUCUCAACCUGGGCAGGAACUGCACGUUUUAAAUUACUAUAUUAGUAGCCUUACAGCUCUGUGCUCCCAUCUUUGCAAGGAUGAAUAUUUAAGGAGUUUCAGUAGUUGAUGUUUUUCUAAAAUUGAUAUUGACAUAGGGAACAUACUUGGAAUUGCUUUUUUCUUUUCCUUUUAAUCCUAAACAGAUGGGAAACUUUAAAAGCAUUCACAGUAGGUAGGUUAACAAUACUGGAAGGCUGAAGGGGGUCUUCAGCCAGAUGUCUGGCUUUGUUCUAGCUAAAUAAGACACAAGACCCUUAUGAGAGCCUCCAGGUGCCCCCAGCAGGUUCUGUGGGCUCAAUUGUAGUUGAGGUAUCCAGACUGAGGUCUUAUAGUGACCUUUUCAUCCAGCCAGUUUGCAACCUGCUUUUUCUUGUUCUGGGUUCUGGAUUGGGUAGAAGUUGAAUGAAGGAAAAGCAGGCUGCUACUAGCUUGGUAAGGCUCAUUCUAUCCCAGAUCAAAAGAACGGAUGGGAGAGAGGUACAUGAAAGAGGAGGCAACUAAGGACUCUGAAAACGAGACUCCUUCCCCAGCCUGUAAGAAAACAUUCCAUACAUGAGGUAUACUAGAAUGGGUGACUUUUGUUUUUAAAAGAACUAUUCAGCUUCCCCACUCCUCACAAAAGAGCCAAUUAAAAGAUUAUUUUUGGUUAUGUUUUUAGUGGUUCAUUGGUUAUAAAAAUGCAAAUAGGAAGAAAAGGGAGCAGACAAGGACUUGUAAGUUCCUUCCAGGUUUUAGUCCCGGAUUUCAAGCUUCUGCUGAUGGGACAGUGCUUGACUAAUGAUUUCAUGAGCAUAGGAGCAUAGAGCACUUUUCCUGCAAAGGGAUCCAAGGUGAGGCAUAUGCUUCUGGGAAAUGAAAAGCCUUGUUCCUCUCAACCUAGACAUAGGUUUGCUGCUUAAUAGGUAAGCAGUAAUUCUAUAGAGGAGACCAAAUGUGUGCCCUUCAGGUAAGCCAGUGCACCCUUCCCUUAGCAAUGUUAUACCCAGGUGAUGUGGAGAGGGGCAGGAUGUGGGUGCCAUUUGAAAAUAGGCACAUCUGAGAGUGACUACAUCAAACUGAGUAUUUGUCUCAGGAGAUUACUUGGUUUUGACAAAUGGCUUUGUGAGCUUCUUUGGUGUUUCUUUAGCGAUUUUAUUAGAAAGCUGGUAUGAGUUGAAGUGUUGCUUCAUUGAUCUUUCCCUCAUCCUUGCCAAAUUUAAACAUAUCAUUCUUAACCCCACCAUGUAAUGACACUUUGCUGUGCUUUAGCUGGCUGCCUCAGCUGCUCUCCCCUUAUCCUGGCAGAUGUGCCCACUUGUGUGUGUUGAGUUCAAGAACCCUUAUCUGCCCUUCUGAUAAGAAACUUCUAGAACUGGGUGAAGAUUUAAAUUUCAACCAAACUUUCAGGCCCAGGGAAAUACAAUUGAAAAUUUAUAAGGCAGUGUUUAUAUAUUAAACUUCCCUAAGGAAGGUGUAAACUAGCCUUCUUGGAAAGUAAGGAUUAAACCACACAGUAUUAGUCUUUGAAACAGUACUGAUCUCCCUGGGGCUGGUGCCAAAAUUUGGUCCUCAGUGCUGGAGGCUGCAGGGUGUCAAACAUUUACUUGAUGGCAUCAUAUACUGUAUAUACAUUUACCAUGUCAGUUCUUAUUAAACAAUGGUGGGAAGUUACUAGGAUAAGGAUUUGUCUAAAAGUUUACAAUCCAAAACUUAACCUGUUCGGGACUGUUUAGUCUGCCAUAUUUCAAGUGAGGUCUUCAGUGUAGUGAAGGCUCAAAGGUAGAACAGUUUUUAUACAAGGUAAAGGCUGGCAGAAAGCUGCUGCUAGGGUCUUCUGCUUUUUGUUGUUGCCUGCUUUGCUGUUUUUCUUGUGUCUCCUAUGUUGGCUUAGUUAUGACUUGAACAUCUUGGUAACUGACAAAGUUCUUCCUUGGGGGACUACAGCAAUAUCUUGUUUAAAUGGCUGAGAGGAGUAUUAAAGUUAUUGAAGUGUGUUAAUUGAGACUCAUUUGAGGACAUAAAACAUUAGCCCUCCUCUUACUCGAGGAGUUAUAUAUGGAGUUCCUAACUUUCAGCCCCUUCAGAGUUUAUUCCUGUGGUAAUUAUAACAUAUCCCAGUUUAAUCUGAACUGGAACUGCAUGUUGGUAAGAAUCAGCAGGGUUCCCUCCCAUCCCCCAUUUUUGAAGGACAAAAUAAGAUGCUUGAGCACUGGUUGCACAAGCCAAGGUGGUUUGAAUAGCUUUGAGUAAACAUAGGGUUCUGCUUUUGAUUCAGGUGCUGGGGCAAUCAUGUCUUCCCUAUUCCUCUCUUUCUUAGAAAUCCAGCCUACCCACCGUCUUUCCCUGAUACUUAGAACACAUCUUGGAUAUUGCCAAAGGAAGCCAUUCAGCAGCUGCUGCAGAUCCCCCGACACACAUACACAUUUGCUCUGGAAGAAGAGUCUUCCCUCCGAACCUAGUUCCCAGUUCCCAAUCUGUGAUUAAUUGCUUUUACCUGUUGCACUAAUUCAAAGGGGGAAUGUGAAGCAAUAGGCAAAUGGGGCUUGGAUGAAUUGGUCCCACAGUACCCUGCCUUAAGCCGCUGAGGUGAUGAGUUCACUGCUCAUGUGACCCUCCACCUUUGUGGAUCCCUCUUGGUUUGUGACCAGUGUGUCUGUUUCUUGAGGUUGUACAAACUUGACAAAAGUUAAUACUUUUGUUUGUAUUCUCUGCACUGUUGCACUCUCCACUCAGCCCCUUGAAUAUUUUUGUUAACUUGUUACACACAUUUUUGUCCUUGAUGUCUACAUUAUCUUUUUCUUUUAAUGUUUUUUUUUUUUAAUUUGGAAGGUUACCUGCUGUUGGAUUUAAUAAAUUUGUUUACUUGACUAUUAACAUUUCUA